GAUACAUACCAUGUGACUGCGACCAAAACAGGGAGAGACCCUGAUGUGUCCUUAGUACACAAUUUGUUCUAGUACACAGAUCUCUAUCUAAAUCCAGACACUUUUUUCCCCCUUUAUUUAAAUGAAUAUUUGAUUUUUGUUUUUAUGGACGCUCAGUUGUCGGUGUAUUUGUUUCUUUUUGUCUGUUAUUCAAGAAGGAUCUUGUGACUGUUCUUUUUGCAGGUCAUACAAAGUCCAGAAGGUGGUCCUGGUUCAAGGUAAACACCUCCAUGGGGCAAAUAGAGGCGGGCCGGAUGAUGACUGGAUUGUGACUGUGAUUGGCGGAGGUGACUCUUUAAAAAUCUGGAUUGUGUUGUAAGCAAUUUUAGUAAAUUUGAGGCCAGGAAGAAGAAAACAUCUUUGCCGCGACCGAUUUGGAAAAGUCAUGAGUGGAUGUCCGUACUUUGAGAAGAGGCAUUUGUACGUUUGCAACAUUUUUAUGAUGAGAUCUGACUAAACAUAGGCUUGAAAUAAUUCCUCCUGGUCUAUCAAACUUGGUGAUGGAAAAACAUGGUGUUAAAAAAAGGGCAUUCUCUUUUUAUACUGCAGGUUAUUCAAAAACAAGCCUCCCAAAACAGAAGAAGAAGAUGCCUCUCAGGCGGGAGUUAACAAGGCCAGCAAAGGAGGGAUCAUCUAUGGAGAUUACCUGCAGGUAGAAAACAUCACUUUUCACACCUCACAGUUUUUUUGCUUUGUUUUUCUAAAGACAGUGUUAAAGGUUUGUGUCUUAAUUGAGCUCAUCAUUUCUCUUCAACUCUCAGCUCGACAAAGUAGUCACAGCUCAAGUGCUGCAAAGUGAAUUAAAGGGUAACAAGAUUCAUGAUGAGCACCUCUUCAUUGUCACCCAUCAAGGUAAAGCUGCAGCUUUUUUUAGUUCUUGUCUCAAAGAGAAAACUUUUUGUCUCUUCUGCUUUGGCUUUUGUGUCAUCUUGAGUCUUAAUGCCUGGGGUAAUUAAACUAGAUAGUAAUUAAGUCUCCAGCUGAAAUAACAAUCACAGUAAUGAUCCCACCCCAGGAGCUGAGGUUUUUCCAAGUUUCUAAGGCUAAAUACGUGCGACUAUACUGUUCAGAUCAGCGUUUGAAGUCUCACGUCUUCAAUUUGUUACAUUAAUAAUAUUUGAUAAAGUUUCUAAAAAUGUUUUCGUUUGAUUUCAGCUUAUGAACUGUGGUUCAAACAGAUUCUGUUUGAGCUCGACUCAGUGCGAGAGAUCUUCAUCAGCGGACAUGUGAGUUACUCUCUGUGGUGACAGAACUUGACGAAUGUUAUGUAACGAUGAAGUUUCCCAACUUGUAAACGCUCCAAGAACUGAGGUCACUUGUGCUGCAUGAUUUAGAAGUGAAUAUUUUACAUUUUUAAACAAUUCAAUUUAAAAAUAUCAAGCAGGUAUCAUUGUUUGGUAGUCAAUCAGAUUUUUUUUCAUAUUUAGACAAAAAAUAAAAAAAAAUAAAAAUUUAAACUCUGUUAUUUCUGUCAGGUCCGAGAUGAACGCAAUAUGCUCAAGGUCAACACUCGCAUCCACAGGAUUGUGAUGAUCUUCAGACUGCUGGUCGAUCAGUUCGCCGUUCUAGAAACGAUGACAGCCUUGGACUUCUUUGACUUCAGGUAAACUUGGAGUCACUUUUUGCACUCAGAGUGACGUUGGACUCGGCGUCCUUGUUGUGUCCCUUAUCACUCAUGUGUUUGUUUGUCUUUGUGUGAAGGGAAUACCUGGCUCCAGCCUCUGGUUUCCAAAGUCUUCAGUUCCGGCUGCUGGAGAACAAAAUCGGGGUGCCGGACAACCAGAGGGUUCCCUACAACAGACGCCAUUACAGAGACAAUUUCAAAGGUCAUGAGAGUGAGAUGCUGAUCGCCACUGAAAAGGAGGCCCCUCUCUUAAAGCUGGUCGAGGUUUGUCUGACGAUCACCAAACACCUCUGCACAGUCAUGAAUACUUAAACGUACGAAAGAUGUCAUAAAAGUAGACACCUGUGUAUCUCUGUUAUUGUGUUGCUGUGGAUCAGCCCUACUCCGACUGUACUGGGUAAAGAUGUGAUGAAACUCUGGGUUGUUCUUCUCAGGAGUGGCUGGAGAGAACUCCUGGCUUGGAGGCGGAUGGAUUCAAUUUCUGGGAAAAGCUGGAAAUCAAUAUAUUUGAUGGGUUGAAUCUGGAGAAGGAGAAAAUCGAGGUAAGAUAUGACUGCGGCUUUCAGAGCAAACUUUCUCUGCUCCCUGCGGAUUUCACAGAUGAUUGACAGAAACUGUAUUUUUUUUCUUUAUUUUUCUUUUUAAAGAAAAUGGCAGACUCGGAGGAGAAGGAGGAAAUCAUGGCUGAACUGAUCAAACAGAGAGAGCUGUUCACGUCUCUCUUUGAUGAAAAGCGCCACGACCAUCUUGUUAGCAAAGGUGCGUGUCUUAGUCUGAAUUGAAAAGCCUGAUUAUCAAAUGUGCCGUGUUAGUCAAGUGUGACUCAGAGUUGACUUGCAUUCUAAAAAUCUUUUGUAUUACUACCUUGGCGAACUGAAACACUCAUUCACUGGCUCACAAGGACAUGAAAUAAGGCGACGAGUUUUUCAUUUGCAGUAAACUGUUUUUUAUAUUGUUCCACAAGGUGAGAGGCGGCUGUCUUACAAAGCUCUCCAAGGUGCUCUGAUGAUCUACUUCUACAGGUAUGUGAAUUCAGCGUUUCAAUGAAUCUGAUUGUCAAUUGAAACCCUGUUUCUUCGCCUUUAAUUAUCCAGCGACUCUCUGCUGACACAGUGCCUCUAAUGUUUGCUAGAGACUCAUACAGACUCCACGCAUACAAACUGCCUUGUAUGCACAGCUUUAUACUGUUGACCACAGCUUCACUGGGGCAGCAGAGGUUUUAGCGUCUUAAGAACACCCAAGAGUGAGUCCUUGAGACGAGGUCUUAAAUUGAAUCCUUUUAAAAAUUCCAAACCCUGAAGAAAAAGUCUGAUGUUCAUUUUUUGGGCUAUUUAUAAUCUUUCUGAUUUGUUCAAAACAAAACAAAAUAUUGUUACUUAUCCCAGAUUUGUAUUUUUUAAAACCCCUGUUACAGCCUCUGUCUAAAAUGGGACCUAAAAGCACUCCAGAACCCUCUUCUGCUGUUGCCAUAUGACAAAUUUGUUUUAUUUAAGUUUAUUCAAGUCAAAUUGAUAAACCUUUUCCAAUAAACACAUGGAAGGUCAUGCAGCAAUUAGAGGUCACAAACUUAAAUACAAUGAAUUCAGAGAAAAAAUGACUGUAAUAAUCAGUUUAAUUGAUAAGUUAAAGGCUGAUAAAAAAAAGUUGUAAGCUCCCUUUAAGAUGACAUGUAAAUUAUAGGCAACCCUGUGCUGUGAAGCUAAGUGUAAUGUUAUUAUAAAGUUACUGGUGUUUCUCUAUUCAAAAUAAAAAAAGAAGGAAUAUAUGGUCACAUGUUUGGACUCUAAAUCUGACCUAGAAAGGGACAAAAAAAAUCCCCAUCUAUAAAGAACAGCUCGGUUUAGUUUAGUAUUCUCUUUAAGAAAAUUCACCAAUUAGUGAUGUCACAAAUUGAGUAAAUCACGUUUAGUUAACAACCUGCAGCCUCAUCCCUUGAUUACUUCACACUUUGAAACUUGCCUUCAUCUUGUAUUCACAUCGAACACUUAACCGAACACUUGUAAAAUAUGAAAAGGUUUAAUUCCACCUUGUAAUGCUCACUUUUUCAACCACACAUAGAAUCUUAGGGGUUGUCAAACUCUCAAAGUUGGUCUCAGUAGCCUUUGAGUAGUUCCCUGAUUCACACCUUUGUGCUCACACAUUGCCCUCCAAAAGUGUGUAAUAUCUGUGUCCCAGUGUGUGACUUUACAUCCCAUGAAGGCGCUGUAGAUACACAAGGGGCAUGACUUCAAAAUACAAAAUAAGGGCGACAUAUAAGCAUACACCCAGACAUGCACACAGUGUUCCACCACGCUUGCUCUACAUUACACUAUAUAUCCUAUAUCCCCAUAUAUAUAUAUAUGUCUUGCCUUUAAUUAGCAUAAUAUAGGAAUUUAUAUUAUUUCCACACUCAUCUGAGGGAGAGCUGUCACAUUUGCCUAAAGGUGUGAUUAGAAGCCAAGUGUUCUCAUUAAGCUGAAACAUGUUAACGGCUUCGUGAAACAGUCACUGAAAGGUGAUAACUGAUCUGAGACUGAUAGUGUAAGAUGUUCACUGCCCGGUGGGGUCAUGGGGAGGUUCUACUUGCUCCUGUUUUACAACUUCUAGCAACAACUCUCAGGUGCAUUUUCAUGCGCCGCCUCAAUUUCUGCACAAACUCAAGAACUUAAAUCUCUUUCUUUCUUCAUUUUACCUUGUAGGGAAGAGCCGAGGUUUCAGGUUCCUUUCCAACUGCUUACAUCCCUCAUGGAUAUCGACACCCUCAUGACAAAAUGGAGAUGUAAGUGCUGAAGCCUCCAUGUUUGUUGUGAAAUAUCCUCACAGAUAAACAAGAAAUAAUAAUCUCAGAGGGGAGAAAAAAGCAGAUUUCUAGUACUAAAAACCGAUGUUUUAAUGUUUCGCCCAAGGGCAGAGCUGGACUUCACUGAGCUAUAGUUAGCAGAGAAGCUCAGAGGCAGAAAAACAUCCUCUGCAGCUGCUGAUCACUCCAAAACCCAUGUAUUACUAAUACUCUGCAGGUCAAAGACGCAGAGCAAACAUUGCUCAUGUAACGGGGGAUGUUUCUGCUUUUUCUUUUUAGACAAUCAUGUAUGCAUGGUGCAUCGCAUGAUCGGCAGCAAGGCCGGCACCGGGGGCUCAUCCGGCUACCACUACCUUAGAUCAACUGUCAGGUAUUGUACGCUUAAAACUUUAACCUACUGAUUAAACACUUUACACUGCAGGUAUCUCAAACACUUCAGAGUUAAUUUAGAUAAGGGGAGCACACAACUACUCUGUGCUUAUCUAAAUUAACCUGUCGUGUAGCCGCUUCCUCUUGACAGCCGCAAACUUCACUAAAAGUUCAUUUUAAACUAGCUGUGACACAGCUCUUUAUUAUCUAAUAAAUUUUAGAACAGUUUAAGUUAGCUUUUGUCCUCCACCAAGAACAAUUUAUAACAGAUGCCCCAUCAAAUUGCACGAGUACAUGACAUGAAUACAUAAACGAUUUUUUUUCCCCACCUUCAGUGACCGCUACAAAGUGUUUGUGGAUCUGUUCAACCUGGCAACGUUCCUGGUGCCUCGCCACUGGGUGCCCAAGCUGAACCCCAAUGUUCACACGUUCCUCUACACGGCUGAAUGCUGCGACAGCUCGUACUGCAGCAGUGAGGACUCUGACUAAGGAGACUUUUGGUUGUCUGCCUUGGCUUCCUUUCUUAUUCUAUGACUAACCUCACGACAGCAGAGAUUAGAUACUUUGGUGAGAGAUGUGUACAGGAGCGGGAGGCUUUUAAAAGGCAAAGAGACAUACUUUUUCAAUCUUCUAAGCUCAGAUUUGCAUUAGACAUGGUGUAUGUACUUGAGAAGGCUAAGAAAAGUAAAGGGUGUACUUUCUCAGGAAAUCAGGCCAGGCUAAAAAUAUUAUUUUAGCAUAAAACACUAAAAUACUUCACAGGAUGAUGAAACUUUUUAGACCGUCUUGCAUACUAAAACACGGGGGAGGAAAAUUUAAACAUAUUUGACAAUGAACUACCCAUAUCCAACACUGAAUUAUCUAUUUGUAAAAUGUGCUAGACCGUGACGGAGAUACUAUUUGAGAAAUCCAAAGUGUAAGGGUUGUGAUACGCAAUAUAAAAAUACUUUAAUUAUAAGAAAAAAGUCAAGUGACAAAAGUCUCUUUUUAUCUUGUGACACUAAAAGCAUGCAAAACACGCUGGAGAUUGUGGCGCACAGACGAGAAAAGCACAUUAUUGGUUCAUUACCUUCAUCAGGCUGCAGCACAGAGGUUCAUACCCUUCAAACUCGUGACUAGCUCUGAAUAAAUCAAACAGUCAAAUUAGACUAUUUUAUUCUAAUCUCUAAUUCUGACCGGUCACAGAGUGUAGCAGAUGGCUCCUUGAUAAGAUGUGCUUUCAUGUUUUCUCUAUAAAAUUAUGCAGAUUCACUGUGACUGACCUGAAAGCAAAUGGAUCGCUGAGAGCAGUGAUCAAACCGGUGUGCGAUGAUGGGUUUUUACAAACGCGUUAUCUUUCAUGUCUGCGUGAGGAGGGGGUCGGGGGGUGGGGGGUGUCGGAGAGGAAGCCAUUUCAGACUUGUGGGAUGCGGCUUAGGUGCGAGAGGAGAAGAUAAAAGGACAAUAAAGCGCUGUAUAAACAAUCAAUCUCAACACCUAGAAUAGAACAAUUUGCACAGCAUCAAUAUGAGGCUUUCAAAUAUGAAGCAGAAGAUUUGUACAUAAUGUUGAUAAUGUAGUUGUGCAAUAAUGAAUUUUGUAUAGUUCACUGUAUGUUGUGAAAUUCAUUUUUUAUGUAUUUAUGCAGUGAUUAAUGUGAUCUCUGUAUAGAUAAAUGUCUUACUUUUACUAUGUAUCUACCUUAUGUAUUUAAUAAGAUACAUUUUUGUACAGUGCAUCUCUUCUUUAUUCUUUAUUAUUGUGGUUUUGUGCUUGAAGUCUUCUUCAUUCAUUAAAGAACCGACAUUUAUCAGCAUA